AUGCCUACAUUCGCAGAACUCCGCGCCAAAGCAGAGGCAGCUGCGAACGCCGCAAAAGAGAAUGCGAAUUCGAGGAUAGCGGAUUAUAGAGGGGACAAGAAGCCGUCGUCGAAUGCACCCUCGUCAGGUCCACACUCGCCCAACUAUAAACCACCUGCGAGACGACCAUCGGUCAAGCCUCCAUUGCCCACAAAACCCAAGCCUAAUCUUACCUAUCAUAGGAAUACGGGGAGUGUGGAUAGUACGACUAGUAGUAGUAAUGCUGCGACGGCUAGUGCGGCUCAAGUUGAGAGUCCGCCACCUGUUAGACGGAUAACCCCACCACCACCAUCACGUCCACUU